GCAGAUUCGGGUGAUGCUGCCGCUGAUGGAUCUGAUAAAUCAUGGGAAUGCGGGGGAAGCCAACCUGAAGCUGUUCAGGGAUGACAAGGGUGACUACAUCGCAUACGCCACGCGCGACAUCAAGAAGGGCGAGGAGCUGCUGCACACCUACAACAGCGGCUGCGAGCGCAAUGACCAUUCGCUCUUCCACUACGGCUUCGUGCAGGACCUCCCAGAGCCCAGACUAUGCGCGCAGGACCUGCCCGACGGCAACCUCUACGAUGACUCCUCCCACAGCGAGGCUGACUACGAUGCGGGCGGGUCGCUGGUGAGUGAGGAUGAGGUGCAGAGGCUGAGCGCCAUCCUCGCGGCGUUCCCAUCCACAGAGGCAGAAGACGACCGCCUGCUGCAAGGGGGCAGCUGGCUUGACAGGCUGCUGGGCAGGAAGCCCGUGACAGAUGAGGUGGAGCGGUUAUUCGUGCAGUACCGGGCGCUGCGCAAAAAGACACUGCGACUCACCAUCGACAAGCUGCGGGCCAACCUGGCAGCCAGCAAGGCGGAGCUGUGACUAAUUUGGGCUUUGCAUGCAUGCAUGGAUGCAUGCGUGCCUGUCCUGGCACGCUGACCUGGCUGCCAGCAAAGCAGUGCUGUGAUGACUCAUUCGGGCUAAGCAUGCAUGCGCGCCUGUUCUGGCGCGCUCACCUUGCUGCAUGCCGACAGCUGGCAGCUUGUGACACAGCCUUUGACCAUGGUGCACAGAUACACAGUGAUUCAAUCUGCAUGGUCCAAGAUGAUGCUGACAGGCAAAUUUGGUUGGACCCUUGUGUCAGUUGGGGACUAUAGCAAACGAACUCAGCUUCAACGAUAGUCAGUCUGACAGGCUGACAUAGGGUGCUCAAGUUUGAUUUGAUGCUGAUAAAUUGAGACCGCCAAAAGUUGGUGCCUCAGCAACUGUCGACCUCACCGUAGAAAUAGUUACAUCUCACUUAGUGUAGAGCUGUAGAGUUUGUCCUUUUUAAUCAGCGCUCCAUCAAACUCUGAAUAAUCACACCAACUUAUGAAUGAAAUUCAUCAGCAGAGACCCUGCUCAUCAUUGGUGGACAGUCUGUGCACAGGCAUUUCAUGCCAUCAAGCUUCACCAUUGAUGUUGUUCUUUGAAGUACCAUCCAGUUGAUGAAUCUCCAAUGAUGCAGAAGCCAGCUGACUUUUCAGACUUUGCAGCAAUUGCAUGUAAAUGUGAAAUGAGUGCGUCAACCCUUGACAAGCCCCUGAUCCUUUUCACAUAAUCCUGCUGCAAGACAAGAUUGUCCCAGGCAAGACCAUCGUAAGCACCUCACGAUGGGCGCAAGGUGUAAUUCAUUAGAUCUUU